AUGAGUGGUAGAAGAAGAGCCGAUUCACUGAAGGGUUUGUCGCUUCCAAAAUAUAACCGACCUCAAACUGAAGAAGAGAUGGCUUCGAUGCAUAAUUAUAGGGACAGCAAACAAGAAGUUAUUUAUCAACCUAAAUUACCGGAAUAUACAAAUCCAAAUGCGAUUGUUUCAUUACUGGGAAAAUGUCAUAUUACCAUAGGACCACACACUUUUUACGAUACUAAAAUUUAUGAGGCCGUAUACGAAAAAGAAAUGCCAAGCACAGAUGUUCAGGCUGGAACUUUUCAAAUCCAACCAACACAACUAGGAUCGCUCCAAUCUCCUACACAACAGCAAACGCAAUCAAACGCACAAAGCUUAACACAAUCACCACAAUCAGGUAUACAGACUCCGUUACAACAACCAUUGCCUGCAACUCAUACACAACAUUCGUCUCAGGCGAAAACGUCGCCAACUUCAUCGACACAAUCAUUUCCUAGACCAAUACAUCCUGCUAUACAACCAAGACCGCCGACACAACCACAAACUCUUUCGCAAACACAAGUACCGAUUCAACCACGAGUUACUUUACCAAGGAUAUCUGCGCGCCCUGUUACUAAUACAACGGUCGCUUCGGCUUUGCCUAUAAAUGUUCCACCACAAGCUACGCCUCAACUUACUGCGUUCAUGCAAACAGUACUUCAAUCUGUUAAUCCAACACAAAUAUUGGCUAUUCAAGAACAUUUGCGCCAUCCUCAGGUGGCGGCUCAUAUGUCUAUCGAGCAAAAAAAUGCAUUAAUUAGUCAAUUAACGAUAAUCCAUCAGUUGCUAACGUCGACACAAUUAGCACAACAGAAAUCUCAGCAGCAAUCAGUUCAUUUACGAACACAGUCUCCUGCAAUGAAAGUUAGACAAGUUGUUAGACAUGAAGUCCUGUUAGAGUUUAAGGAAACCAAAAAUGAUAAAUGGUUGUUUCCAAAAGAUGCAAUAUUAGAAGCAUUGUCAAUGUCAGAACCUUACGAUGUGCUUGCUUCAUUUUAUCUUCCUCAAAACGAAGAAACAUCAGGUUCUAAACAGCAACAUCAGCCCGUCACGAUGCACAUGACUAAUAUAACGCAACCGAUGUUGGACGCGUUAAAAAAGGCAACGAAUGAUGUAACUACUGUCUUCAAAUCAAUGGCUGCAAAGGUGAACAAGCAACCUAAUCGUGUUUACUUACAAUACUGCUUGCCUUGCGAUUAUCCAGAAGAUUUAUUAGAGAUAGAUAUCAUGGAUUAUACUACGAAUAAAAAGCAAAAACCUAGAAAUGGGGAAGGUAACAAAGCGUCAUCAAGAACAUCAACCUCUACUCCAAAAAGGGCAAAAACAGUGCCUGAUGUUUCAGCUUCUGUAGCUCCUGUUCAAACUACUGGAGGUAACAAACGUUGUGCUUAUUGCUUUUGUAAGAGUACUCCUAUGUGGAGAAGAGGUCCGGAUGGUGCUGGAAAGAUAUUACAGGGUACUAGUGCAAACCGUGCUACUGAAGCCAAUGGCGACUCCGCGACUGUUUCACCAAGCCCUAAAUCUAGAAAAUAUUCAUUGUCGGCAGCAUGCACUUCUGCUACUGCAACUACUACAUCAAAAGUUAAGAAGAAGCCUGGACGAUCACUUUCAAUGAGUGAAGGUGCGUUAUCACAUACUGAUGAUGAUGAAAACCGUGAUAAGAAUCUUGGCGAUACUGGAGAAAAUUUGAACGCAGAGUCACAAAAGAGUGGUAGUGGUAGAAGGGCAUCUGCAUCAUCAAAGAAAAAUAGUUUCAAAGGGAUGCCAACACCUCGCGCUUCUACUACAGCACCUACGUCAACAACAAAUUCUCCAACCACACUAGGAGGUGGUGGUGGAUUUCCAAUAAAUUUGAAAUUAAAUUCAAUCUCGUUUGGUUCAUCGGAAAAUAAUUUGAUUGGAGGAAAUAGUAAUAACAAUAAUCAACAAGGCGGAAGCUAUUAUUUCUCUCAACCCAACUGCAGUGCGCAAGUUUUUGAGGAUUGUUUAAAAAUAAGAUUGGAAAAAGAUGGUUAUGAAAAAACCAGUAUUGAUAUUUGGAAAGAAAAUAUUGAUUUUUUAAAUUUUGAAAAUGAAAGAGAUUUGGCUACUGGAAUUCCCUUACUUUCCGUCCAAGCACAUGUUAAUCAGCAUUUAAAUAGGUAA